AUACAUACAGACCCCCGAUUUGGCCAUCACCGCAAAGACUAAGUAACGACCUACUUUUCUUUGGUUUCGAAAUUUGCUGUGCAUUUGGAGACCCAUUGCCCGAUCGUCAGCAGUUCAGCAGUGUUUUCGUUUGGAAUGCGCUGGAACGUGUGCGACGAGCAGGCAAGGACAAUACAGGGACGUUGUACGAAGGCUUCAUCAGUAGUUUGCUCCGCCGUUUGAGAAGACACCCAACUAAAACUUCCUUUCGUGAACUGCGCGACCCAUUCACGCUGGAUCCACAAUGGACGCAUCGGUGUCCGCCCUCCUGAUCAGUGUGCUGUUGACCAUAACGACUAUGCCAUGUUCUGCUGCCGAUGUUCAAGCAUACUUCACCAACGGUGGAGUUAGCGGUAGAAUCAUUUUCAGCGGUUCAUUCUCCUCUAGCGGUGGAGUCACCAUCAACACCACGCAGCUGAAUGGAUACCAGCAGAGCGGUGGUUCGGGCAUCCUCUGGCACGUCCACCAGUUCGCCUUUCCCACUGGCGCGCCAGAUCUGUGCGGUGCUGCGGCCACCGGCGGGCCUUGGGACCCGGGCAGCAGAAUGGCCAAUCCGAACUACGCCAGCCAGUGCGUGAAGAGUGCGUGGAGCGUUUGUUCUCUGGGCGAUCUGAGCGGGAAAAUCGGCCCGCUGUCGUCGGGUCAGUUUGCGGACGGGUCCACGCUGGGACUGCUUGACUUGCUGGGCAGAGCCGUGGUGCUGCACCGUUCCGACGGCACGCGCUUUGCCUGCGCUAACAUCCAGUACACCGAGUCACGGCAGGCACCGGUCACCUGCUCGUCGGCGUCCGAACCACAGGUGUACUGGGCCCAGUUUGUGUGGCCGAUAGCCGGUACUAUGCUGGUGCGCAGUUACAGCACACAGGCUGGGGGUGGCGGAGCACAGACGCCUGUAGCCACCACCGUCGAUGCACAACUGUACGACGUCACCGGCAUGCCAAGUCAGUUCCAGGGCAAUCUAUCCUGGACUGGUCACGAAGGCGAGGUCGGAGUGACCGACACGACAAACGAGGCGGUCGCGCGCUGCUUCAGAGCGGGCAAUAUGCUCGCGGGCGGCAACUUCUCCGGCCGCUUCCGGCUGCCCGUGACCGUGGGUGCAACGCCUCAGCAGAGCCGCCAGGUUCUGUCCUACAGCGACGCCACGGCUGUGCAAUUCAGCUCGGUGCGCUCAAUCGUGCUGUGGGUCGGCCCCCUGCCCGUUGCGUGCGCUGCCGUCAAGCCAGUAUCCAGGCUGUCGGCCAUCGCCGCCCUGCCGAUGGGCAACAGCGUGGUGUACGCACAGAGUAGCCCACUGGAUCAGCCCGCGCGUGCUCUCCAGGUGGCCGGCACCAGUACACCGGGUUACGUCGCUGUUCGCAAUGCACCGGUGAAUCCCUACACGUCCACGACUCAAUCCGCUUCCAACUCAGCAUGCUCGUCCACAGGCAACCUGUACAACCCAUCAGGUGCGACUGCUCCACAGAACACGGCUGUAGGCAAUGGACUUGUUUCAACUGUGUCAUGUGACAGUUCGCGGACACUGUUUGGAAACAACAGCAUCCUGGGACGGUCUGUCACUAUUGAAACGAAUGCUUCACCGUCCUCUGCUCAGCAGUGCGGCACGUUGUUCCUGGCCAGCCAACCGAGCGGCGCUCGUAUGUUGCAGGCUCGCGUGUCUUUCCCAUCGUAUGCUCCUGUCACCGGCGACAUCUACCUGACCCAGUGGGCAUACAGUGGCCAAACCAAUCUAACAGCCACUGACUACAGACUAAAUGGCUACUCGGACACACAACUGCUGAUCAAUGUAAAACGCGCAUCCUCGACAAGCAAUCACAACUUUCACGUGCACGUGAACCGAAUUCCGCCGUACCCUUACAACAAAUCUCCGUGUCAAGAAUUGUACGCGGGCGGUCACUAUAAUCCUCUGGAGGUAAACAUCAGCACAGUGUCUGGCUACUUAUCCGCAUGCAGCCCCGGGGCAGAGCUGCGCUGUGAGGUCGGCGACCUAUCCGGCAAAACGGGCCAGCUGAACGUCGAUGGGUCACCACGGUUCUCGACCGUCGCCUUCCUGCCGCUCGAAGGCCCUUACUCAAUUAUGGGCAGAUCCAUUGUCAUCCAUGAUCCAAACAGUGGAGCUGGUCGCCUUGCGUGUGGCAACAUUGUCGAUGCAAGGUCCACAGACGCUUACGUGACGUUCGUGACUCCGGUCGACCCAAUUGACCACCCACGAUUUCUGCAGCUCGCCCAGGCUGCGCUGAACGUGAACCAGUCGGUGCUGCAGUACGUGCACUCCUACAGCGACACGGCUACCCAGUGCACGCUGCUCAGCGUCAACGUCCUUGCCAACGACGCCGCCGCCUCGAAGAGUCUGGCCAGUCGCCUUCGCCAGGUCGACCUGGGCGCGUACACACAUCAGCCGAAGUGCGACGCGUUUUCGGACGAUGCCAGCGGACUCGUUCACUCGCUUGCAAUUGUGCUGCUUUGCCUGUGUGCCACCCUGCUCCUCUAAUGUCCUGCUGCACAUCAGCCAAUGAAUGGCAUGGGUACGAACCGUGAAGUGGGUGAUAUGGUCAAACAUUCCAGAGGCUUGUAUACUGAACAUUAGUAAUAGUUCUUUGACUUGUUUCGGCCCGGAGGUUUCCCAUAACUGCCCAUGUCUGCGUACACUAAUACUGCUCCAUGCACUGCCAGACACUCAGCCUCUGAAUCAUAUCCGGGAAUUAUUAACCAGGCUGACGCCAUAUAGAGCAGCAAUCAUGGGUGCAUUCUAAUUCACCCUAGAAUGACACCAAUAUAAACAUGCACCCUCUAACUAACUGCUCAUCUGACUCACUAUUAUUGUUUUCAUUUUUUCGUGCACAGAUGAUAUAAUUAUGGGUAUCGGACCUACCGGUUCUAUAAAAUUGGAACGUAAUGAUGUUCACGAUAUUGAAGGCUUUAGAAUACAUGUAGGUAACACAAUGGCUGUGGAAUAGGAACAUGAACCCAGGAGAGAGAGAGGCCUGAAUGGCCUGUGGCCAAUGUUGUUGUUGUUGUUGAA